AUGGAAACUUCAUUUAAGUUAAAUCCUAUCAAAGCAUAUUCAAGCCUAAAGACUCCUCAAUCAAAAGCCUCCCAGCAGCCCCCUCACGUUGAUUCUGAGAUUCCUCAACUCUUAGCAUUAAUUCAAAGUGAAUCUUAUGAAUUAAUAAUUUCUAAAGAUUUUGAAAACGCAAUCCCAAAGCUGAAAAAACUCGAACAAAUAUUAGAAGCUUUAAUAAUCCAAGGAACCAAUAGUGAUUCUGACCUUAUUUUAGCUACUAUUCAUAAUAUUGCUCUAUGCUACCAGAGAAUAGGAGAUUUAGAGAAAUGUAUUGCUUAUCUUGAAGGGUGCCUUUUCAAUGUAAACAAGUUUGGAGCGAUGAAUUCUUGUAAUACCCUUAUGGAAGGAGAAUUAAAACGGAAUCUUUAUAAAAUAAAACUGUAUGUACAGUCCUGCGCCGUUCUAUCACAGCUAGAAAAACAUAAAAAAGCUUUAGACAAUGCCAAAAACGCUUUGAAAUUAAGUUUAACCGCAAUACGCCUCACCAUUCAAGCCUGCAAGGCUCAGCUAAAAAAAUACAAAGCCUUAAAGCAGCGAAAUUCUUUAAUUACUGAUGAUUUAAGAAAAAGUUAUAAGGUCAUCUACAUGUCCUAUCCUGCCAUUAAAGCUUUACGAAAAUAUUUACUGACAGGUUCUUUAAAUCACCAUCAAAAAAUUCGGUCAGUUUUAGGUAUAAAAGACGACCCCGACUGGUUAAAAACCUUAACGAUCUCUGACAUUAUGUUUAUGCAGCCUUACACUACUGAAGAUCUCAAGCAAUCUUUAGGUCUCCAAGUAGAGUUUACUAACGAUUAUUUAUUAUAUAAAAUUUGCUUAUUAGCUGUCAGUCAUUUUUGUAUAUCGACUGAGCUCCGUUAUAGCGUCUCCACGCUUAUGGAUACUAUAGCCUUGAAUGUUAAAGGGGAGAUCCAAGGGUUGUUUCACCAUUUUAUGUUGGUGCACUAACCCUCAAAUUGGCAAAUCUGCUUUAUCAGACGGAUUUGUCAAUUUUAGACUGGCUUCAUCAACAUUCUCAACUUCAUUUUUAUAGCAAAAAUAAUUUGUUUUAAGAAUGUACUUAAAUUAGUGAUGAUAAUCAUUUUUGUUAACAAUUUUUAUAUCUAAAUUUGAAUGCCAUGCUUUUAAUAAUUCAGGAUCUCCUUGGAAGACAUCAGGACUAUGAGAAUCCGUAAGUUUGGAGACUUUAUAUAUGAGCGCUUACGAUGAUGCUAAAAAGGCUCACAAAAAAUCAGUAGAAAUUCUUGAGUAUUUCAUUCCAGACGUGUCACCAUUAAGAAUUCAUAUAGAAGAAUGCUAUAAGAAAAGGUUUGGGGAAGAUGAAAUCAUGCUAAAUCAGACUGCUGAUAAUAUUCAUACGAAAAAAAGAAACUCCUCGAUGCUGCCAAGUAUAAUAGAAAGACCCGAAUCCUUAUCACCGAGAUUGGCAGAAAAUAAAAAUAAACAUUUUAAUGCAACUUUGAGACCUCAUAGUGUACUAAGCAAAGGGAAAGUGACUGCUGAAAAAAGGAAAAACGCGACUAUGAAAUUAAGCGAAUUAAAAAGAAAAAACAGCAAUGAAGAAAUAAAGCUUAAUAUUUCAGCAAGGUUGGAUUGAGGAUAA